UUCACCCCGAGCUCACCCCGGCUGCUUCUUCAGGUCCGUGCCGACGGCUGACAGCAGGUCCCGACCGCACCGAGGGGCCCUCCCGGCGCCGCCAUGGGCAAGAAAAGCAAAUUGGGCAAGAGCCGGAGGGACAAGUUCUACCACCUGGCCAAGGAGACAGGCUUCCGCUCCCGCUCCUCCUUCAAGCUUCUCCAGCUCAAUAGGAAGUUCCAGUUCCUGCAGAAGGCCCGGGCACUGCUGGACCUGUGUGCAGCUCCUGGCGGAUGGCUGCAGGUGGCUUCCAAAUUCAUGCCGGUUUCCAGCUUGAUCAUUGGGGUGGACUUGGUCCCCAUCAAGCCCAUUCCCAAUGUGGUGACACUGCAGGAGGACAUCACCACUGACAAGUGCCGCCAGGCCCUGCGCAAGGAGCUGCAGACGUGGAAGGUGGACGUGGUGCUGAAUGAUGGAGCUCCCAACGUGGGAGCCAGCUGGGUGCAUGAUGCCUACUCACAAGCCAACUUGACCCUCAUGGCCCUGAAACUGGCCUGCGAGUUCCUCUGCAAAGGCGGCUGGUUCAUCACCAAGGUUUUUCGGUCCCGGGACUACCAGCCGCUUCUCUGGAUCUUCCAGCAGUUCUUCCACAAGGUCCAGGCCACCAAGCCCCAAGCUUCCCGCAACGAGUCCGCUGAGAUUUUUGUGGUGUGCCAGGGUUAUCAGGCUCCGGACAAAAUUGACAGCAAGUUCUUUGAUCCAAAAUACGCCUUCAAGGAGGUGGAGAUUCAGACUAAGUCUGUUAGCGAGUUGGUCAGCAAAAAGAAGCCAAAGGCAGAAGGCUAUGCAGAUGGUGACACAACCCUCUACCACCGCUUCACCCUGAUGGACUUCCUCAAGGCUCCCAACCCCGUGGACUUCCUUUCCAAGGCCAAUGAGAUCACACUGGGGGACGGUGAGCUGGAGAAUCACAGCUCCACCACAGAGGAGCUGCGUCAGUGCUGCAAGGACAUCCGCGUGCUGGGACGCAAAGAGCUCAGGUACUGGGGGACUCUGGACAGGGCAUUAUUCUGGGUAAAGCUGAAAGAGCAGGCAAAGGAGCUGGAUAUCAACCUGAGCUCCGGUGAAGAGGAGGAAGGCAAAGAGGAGGAGAAGAAGGAGAAAAAGACGUCGUCAAGAGCCACAGCUGAUGAGGUGGUGAAAGAGGAAGAGGAGGAGGUAGAGCUGGCGUUGGCAGAGAUGAAGGCCAAGGAGCUGGCAGAGUUAAAGAGAAAGAAGAAGAAGAUCCUGAAGGAGCAGCGGAAGCAGCGUGAGCGUGUAGAGCUGAAGAUGGACCUCCCUGGUGUCUCAAUCGCCGAUGAUGGUGACACCAGCAUGUUCUCCCUCCGGACUAUCCACAGGACCCCGCUGCUGAACGAGCUGACCCGCGGGGACAUGGCGUCGGCAGAUGCCCUCCUGGAGAUGGGACCAGGGGACGAUGACAUUUGUGUCUCGGAUCACGAGGAAGAGGAUGAUGUGUCCCUGGCCAGCGAUCUGGACCCGGAGGAGCUGGUUGAGAUAGAGGCCCGUCAGCGCCGGCUGGAGCGGGAAAGGCGAGAGCAGGGUGCAAAGAGGGUAAAGUUUAAGAAGAAGGAAGAAGAGGAGGAAGGGGAAGAAGAGGAGAAUCCCCUGCUGGUGCCCCUGGAAGAGAAGUCGGUGCUGGAGGAACGGCAGACCAGCCUGUGGUUUGGGAAGGACGCCUUUGCUGGCAUCGAGGACGAUGCGGAUGAGGACCUGGAGCUGGGGCAGUCACAGAUGUUGGCUGAGAGACAGCGCGAGUCUCAGAGAGACAAAACAACAAGGAAAGGGGAGAAGAAGGUGGUACCCCAGGAGGAAGCUCCAGCUGAGACCCCGCCUGCCACAGACGCAGGACCCGAUGCUGGCAAAGCGCAGGAUGAGGAGAGCAGUGAUGAUGACAGCAGCAGUGACGAGGAGAGGCCACUGGCCCCUGUGGGGAGGAAGCAGGGCCGUGUCGAGCCGUGUGGCUUCGAGGUGGUGCCCAUUGAGAACCCAGUGAAAAGAGCUCGUGUCCUGGAUGCAGAGGGCCUGGCACUCGGCUCCGUCAUUGCCACCUCCAAAAAGGCCAGGCGGGACCUGAUUGAUGACUCCUUCAACAGGUAUUCCUUCAAUGAGGAUGAGGGAGAGCUGCCGGAGUGGUUCACAGAGGAGGAGAAGCAGCACCGGCGCAAGCAGAUACCCGUGGACCGACAGACAGUUGAAGCAUAUCGGCAGCGCUGGCGGGAAAUCAACGCCCGUCCCUCACCCUUGUUGUCUCCACAGAUGCUGAAGAAGAUGGAGCAGAUGAAGAAGAAAGCAGAGGCCGUGGUGAGCACGGUGGAUAUCUCGGAGAGGGAGAAGGUGGCCCAGCUGCGGCGCAUCUACAAGAAGGCUGGGCUGGCCAAGGAGAAGCGGCAGGUCACCUACUUGGUGGCUAAGAAAGGUGUAGGACCCCGGGUGCGCCGUCCUCCCGGCGUCAAGGGUCAGUUCAAGGUCGUCGACAGCCGCCUGAAGAAAGACGUGAGGGCUCAGAAGCGCAAAGAACAGAAGAAAAAACGCCAUAAGUGAUGUGGGAUCAGCUCCGUCCUUGGCGAGGGACUUGGCUUGGGGCACAACUGGCUCCUGUCCUCCCACCGCAGCUUGGGAGCAGCCAGCUCGCCCUGCUGCUCUCCCCCAUCGAGGGGACAGGGCUGUGACUUAGCCACACGUUGCUGUUAGUGCCUUGAUGUGACAUUGCCUCCUGUCCACCGGUGGGGCUGGGAGGGUUUAUUUGGCCUCAGCACUGUAGCAUUGACCCCCUUCCUGUGCUCGCUGUGUGGCCGCAUCUCCAGGUCUCUCCGUUGCCAGCUCUCAUGGGAGACUGUUGCACUGCGGAGAUGGCACAAGCAUCCACGCCAGCCCUCACUGUCCCCAGAGAGGUUGUGGCUCAGGGGGAUGGCUCCCUGGGCCAUAUUUGUCACCAAAAUCGCUGGACAGUGGGUGCUGAGCCCUGAGACAGGCAGGUGCUGGUGGUCUGCACAGAGCGGCUCUGUUAAAGAAUUAAACCCUGGUCUGAGGAUGCCCCAGGAUGCGUCUUGAUGAGGUGAGGGCCUGCACUGUGAGCUGCUGUGUCCUUCCGUGCGGUGUUUGUUAGAGAGGAGCGUGGAGUGGAUGGGGUCAGCGUGCCUCUGCUAAUGCCUUGGGGAGCCCACCCGCCUCGUUUUAUCUCUGAAUCUGAACCGCAGCUGACCUGCCUGACAUCCACCCUCCCUGUCCCGACCACAGCAGCCAC